AUGGACUUUGGCCACUACAACUGCCGCGACUACUACCACUCGCCGCACUUCGCCCCCACGACCAUCGUCAGCGACCGCUCGCCCUUCUACCGCCAUGAAUCCUUCGACGAACUCGAGCAGCGAUCACGCUCUCCCGCGAGCUUCAAACCCAAGUUCCCUCUGCUCAAGCUGCCAUUGGAGUUGAGACAGCAGAUCUUCAAUUAUCUGCUUCCGAGGACAAUUCAGCACAGUGAUCCGAAUCCCUUGGCGAGCCAUGCAAGGAACUUCAGUGCGGUGAAGAAAAGGGCGGCGAAGGGCAUGGUGGUCCCUAAGCCGGAGACAGCUCAACGAGGCCCAACCCAUGUGGUCUGGCAAAGGGGAAAUAUCAAGCUGUUGUCUGUUUGUCGACAGAUACAUGAUGAAUGCGCGGAUAUGAUGUAUGGGCGGAACACAUUCCUGCUGUUCGUCACGUACGCUGGAAUAACGUUCAGGUAUUCUUGGCUAUUGCCGACUGGGAUGACGCCCAACAGGCACUACUCGUUUCUCGAGCUUCUGUCAGAGAAAUACAUGACACGCAUUAAACGCGUUAUUGUCAAUGUCGAUCAUGUCGACAGCUAUACCGGAAUGAUCAAGUUCAACGUAACUGGCAAAGGUCUGACGCAUGGAUUGCGGAAGCAAGUUCAGCGUCUAGUGAACGCCCUUCAACCGCCACCACCUUCAAACGAGGACGACGAAGACGGAUAUGUCUUUGUACCAGGCGACAGCUAUGCAACAAAUAAAGGGAGACAGCUCGCCAAGGUCAACAUCCGAGUAUCGAACGGCAACGUCUACCUCGAUCAGAUCAAAAGCGAAGCUGUACGCCAGCGCGAAGCUGGUAACAAGAUCUCUGAAGAUGUAGCGGAGAUGCUCGAGCCCUUUGGCGAUCUUCGAGGUGUACGUGAAGUCGCUAUCUCAGGGGCCGUCACCCCCGAAUUCGCGCAUAGCCUCGAAGAGAUGAUGAGAAGUACCGCACCGCACGACAGAGCCACGGCCCUUACCAAGACUAUGCAUGACCUGGAGUUAGCAUCACCUCCUAUUUGUGUAUAUGGAAACGACUUAUGA